CGAUAUAUUAUUUCAGCCUUAUAUCGCCCCUCAGCUCCAAGCUCUCGCAUAGCUCCUGCCGCAUCUCAGGACUUAAAUACCGAAGCUGGGGCCCGUUCAUUUCGUCCAUCUUCUCUCUCCCCGCACCCUUUGUAUCCCUAAACCUUACCCCACCAAAGCCAAAAUGUCUCCGUCCAAAACCUCCACCCUCAGCUUCGACACUUUUUACAACAUUGUCGAUGGCAAGCAACGCAGUAGCAAGGAGAUCCACCACGGCGUCAAUCCCUCUACUGGUGAGGAGCUGUGGGACGUCCCAAUCGGCAGCAAACAAGAUCUCGAAGAUGCAGUAGCGGCCGGCAAGAAAGCAUUCCCCGCUUGGGCUGCCACGCCCAUCGAGAAGCGGAAGGAGCUGCUCCAAAAGUUCACGGAUCUCUUCAACGAGCACACAACCGAGUUCACUGAGCUCUUGUGCAAGGAGGCGGGGAAACCAAAAAAGUUUGCCGGGAUCGAGGUCGCGGGAGUAGGGGGAUUCAUCAGCUUCCACAAUACUCUAAACCUCCCAGAGGAGAAGUUCGAGGAUGACGAGAAGGUUGUGACUACACGAUUUACCCCAUUGGGUGUAGUAGGCGCUAUUUGCCCAUGGAACUUUCCCCUCAUCCUUGCUGUUGGAAAGUUUGCCCCAGGGCUUCUCACUGGUAACACGGUCAUUCUCAAGCCAUCACCGUUCACCCCAUACACCGCCUUGAAGCUUGUCGAACUUGCCCAGCAGGUCUUCCCUCCGGGAGUCCUCCAGGCUGUAGGCGGUAAUAAUGAACUUGGAGCCCUGCUCACCACUCACCCCGACAUCGCCAAGAUCUCCUUCACCGGCUCCAUUGCUACCGGUAAGAAGGUCAUGGAAGCCAGCGCUAAGACCCUGAAGCGUGUUACCCUUGAGCUCGGCGGCAACGAUGCCUCAAUCAUCCUCCCCGACGUUGACAUUGAGAAAGUCGCCCCCGAAGUUGUCAUGGGCGCCUUCCAGAACACCGGCCAGGUCUGCGUCGCCACCAAACGCAUUUAUAUCCACGAAAAGAUCUACAAGCCUUUCCUCGAGGCCAUGGUCAAGUUCACCGCGACACUCAAGACUGGCGCGCCAGACUCUGAGGCCCCGCUCGGCCCCAUCCAGAACCAAAUGCAGUUCGACAAGGUCAAGAGCUUCUUCGCUGACAGCAAGGCCAAGGGGUACAAGUUUGCGGCCGGGACCCCAGAUGUCUCGGCGUCGAAGGGCUUCUUCAUCCAGCCAACGAUUAUCGAUAACCCGCCGAAUGACUCGAGGAUUAUAUCCGAGGAGCCGUUUGGCCCUAUUGUGCCGACCCAGCCCUGGUCAGAUCUGGAUGAGGUUAUUGCCCGCGCUAAUGAUACCAACACUGGCCUCGGUGCCUGCGUGUGGGGCAAGGACGUCGCUGCAGCCGAGAAGGUUGCCCUGCGAUUAGAAGCCGGCAGCGUCUUCGUCAACAGCUGGGAGAAGCCGACACCGCAGGCCAUCUUCGGUGGCCACAAGGAGUCUGGCAUUGGUGGAGAGUGGGGCAACACUGGUCUCCUGAGCUUCUGCAAUGCGCACGUUAUUCACGUGUACAAGUCGUAAAGUCGGUUAGUUCGCUGGUUAAUGAUUAAAUUAGUAUGAUAGGUUGCUAUGAAUGCACAUGAUUACUUCGUGCCGAG